UUUUCAAUAUGGAAGCUAAAAAAAAAGCUUAGUGGUUCAGGAUAUAGAAAGCAAGCAAAAAUUAAAAAAUUAAAACACGAUGCAUUAAUUAAGAAUUGUAGAAAAUUAGAUAGUAUAUUCAAGCCAUCGAAUAAUUCAAAUACAGAUGAUAAACUGGAGAUGUUAAACCAAGGUACACAAAUACAAAUGAACCCAGAUUAUUCAAAUUUAAACAGUUCUGAACAAUACAAACCUACAAAAAGUAGUGGUUAUAUUGAGACAGAAAAUACAGAUGAUGAACUAGAUAUGUUAAACCAAGAUACACAAAUACAAAUGAACCCAGAUUAUUCAAAUAUAAACAGUUCUGAACAGCACAAUCCUAUGAAAAGUAGUGGAAAUAUUGUGACAGAAAAUACAGAUGAUAAACUAGAGAUGUUAAAUCAAGAUACACAAAUACAAAUAUACCCAGAUUAUUCAAAUGUAAACAGUUCUGAACAACACAAACUUACAAAAAGUAGUGGUUAUAUUAAGACAGAAAAUAGUAUUUCUGAGAUAAAUACUGAUAUAUUGUCAUCUAAGAAUAAUGAAACUGCUGAUGUUUUGUUUGAGCCUACUGAUAUUCCUCGAUGUGAUCCUGCUUUAUGGAAAAUAAACGAGUUCACUAUAGAAUAUAUUUGUAUUAAUGGAUUUUCUCAAGAUUUAAAUGAUUUAAAUUUUACCAAGUCUAAACGAGCAUAUACAAAACUUCACAAUAAAACUACCAAAACCUACUAUAGAUUUUGCAAUAAAAACUAUUGGAAUACAAGACUAACUAAUGGUGAUUCAAUUAAACGUAAUUUCAUUGCAUACUCAGAAAGUAAGGGUGUAAUUUACUGUAUCCCAUGCUUGUUGUUUGGCAACAUAAAUUCAUCUUCAUUUGCUUCAAAAGGAUUUUCAAACUGGAAAAGAGCUGAAGAGCUCAUAUCACAACAUGAAAAUUCUUUAAAACAUCGUUCAAAUAUUCUAGCAAUGAAAAAUCGAGGACAAACACAUCAAAGAAUUGAUCAACAAAUAAUACAACAAAUUGAAAAUGAACGUAUGUAUUGGAUCAAUGUUUUAAAAAGAGUUGUGGCAAUUGUUAAAACAUUGGCAUCAAGAGGUUUAGCAUUCAGAGGACAUACUUCAAAAAUUGGAUGUCCACGUAAUGGAAAUUUUAUGAUGGCACUUGAGUUAUUAGCUGAAUUUGACCCUUUUAUAUCAAACCAUAUUUCCAAAAAUGGUAAUCCCGGUAAAGGUCAUACUUCAUAUUUAUCAUAUUAUAUUUAUGAGCAAUUUAUUUUAUUAAUGUCUAAAAAAGUAGAAAAUACUAUUAUUCAAGAUGUCAAUACUUCACGAUAUUUUUCAAUUAGUGUUGAUUCAACGCCAGAUAUUACCCACACUGAUCAACUUUCUUUAGUUGUACGAUUUGUUGAUGAGAGUGGUAAUGUAUUUGAGCGUUUUUUAUGUUUUAUGAAUAAUGUUGGACAUAAAUCAGAAGAUAUGGCUGAAGCAGUGAUAACAAUUCUGAAUAAGUACAAUUUGAAUCUUAACUAUUUAAGAGGGCAGUCAUAUGACAAUGCGAGUAACAUGUCGGGUAGUUACUCUGGAUUACAAGCUAGAAUAAAACUGAUAAAUCCAUUGGCCAAGUUUGUUCCCUGCUCGGCUCAUUCAUUAAAUUUAGUGGGACAAAAUGCUGCCAGCUGUUGUAAUGAAGCUAUUCAUUUUUUUAACUUUCUUCAAAACUUGUACACAUUCUUUUCAGCAUCAACUUACCGAUGGCAGAUUUUAAAUUCUUCAAUCAAGAGAUUAUCAGAUACAAGGUGGUCUACAAGAGAUGAUGCAUGUUAUUCAUUAAAUAAAAAUUGGUCAUCUAUUGAAAAUGCUUUAAUUAAGAUUGGAGAAAAUGAAAAAGAAAAACCAGCUAUUCGAUGUGAAGCAAAUGGUAUACUCAAAAAUACUUAA